AUUUGCUGAAGUAAACCAAAAAUAUAUUGAACAAUGAACAUUCGCACUGAACAAACAGCAAUUUGCUAUGUAGUACAUCCAUAAAUAAAGUAUUUUCUGAAUCAAAUACACUAUUCCUAAGAGACUAAAAUGAAGGACUCAAGUUAUCAUUUUGUGAAUGUUGAGGAAACAAUUGAUCAAGACAACAGUGGCUCUGAAAAUCAUAGUGAAAAUAAAGAUGUUCUGAAGUUAUCAAGUAUGGAGCAGGAUUCUAGCCGUUUUACUGAAAAUUCUGAGGAGAUCUCAAAACCUAAGUACUACCGGCUGGACCAAGUAGUAUUUGCUGAGUCUAUAAACCAUGGGGAAACUAAUACAGAAGAACUAGUCAACCUGCUCACAAACUUUCAACACCCAAACACUUCUAAAGGCCCACAUUCGCAAAGUCCACUGCGCCACCACCAAGUACAUUUGUGA